UCCCGCCUCCCGCCUCCCGGCGGCGCUCCUUCCCGGACGGCGUGGAGCGGCGGCGGCGGCCCUGGGGCCAUGGCACUGCCCCAGGCCUGGCUGCAGCCCAGGUACAGGAAGAAUGCCUAUCUUUUCAUCUAUUAUUUAAUCCAGUUCUGUGGCCACUCGUGGAUCUUGACAAAUAUGACAGCCAGAUUCUUUUCAUUUGGAAAAGAUUCAGUGGUUGAUACUUUUUAUGCUAUUGGACUUGUGAUGCAGCUUUGCCAAUCCAUUUCCCUUCUGGAGUUGCUGCACAUAUAUGUUGGCAUUGAAUCAAACCAUCUUCUCCCCAGGUUUCUGCAGAAGAAAGUAACUGGUGGUUUUGGAACAGAUGAGCUCACAGAGAGAAUAAUCAUUCUCUUUGUGGUCAUCACCAGUCAAGAGGAAGUUCAAGAGAAAUAUGUGGUGUGUGUUUUAUUCAUCUUUUGGAAUCUAUUGGAUAUGGUUAGGUACACCUAUAGCAUGUUAUCAGUCAUAGGAAUCUCCUAUGCUGUCCUGACGUGGCUCAGCCAAACACUAUGGAUGCCGAUUUAUCCCCUCUGUGUUCUCGCUGAAGCAUUUGCCAUCUAUCAGUCACUGCCUUAUUUUGAAUCAUUUGGUACUUACUCCACCAAGCUGCCCUUUGAUUUAUCCAUCUAUUUCCCAUAUGUGCUGAAAAUAUAUCUCAUGAUGCUCUUUAUAGGCAUGUAUUUUACCUACAGUCAUCUGUACUCAGAAAGAAGAGAUGUCCUUGGAGUCUUUCCCAUCCCGAAGAAGAAAAUGUGAAGCCCAGCAUUCCAGCGUGACAUAAGAAAGGAUGGGCUUGCGGAUUUUUUUAAAUACAACAGAGGAAGCAUUCUGGCGGGAAAAUACCUAGUAUUUGACGACUGUGACAUGAGAUAAUUGCAUAUCCCUCAAAGACUCUAGACGCACCAUUGUAUGUGUUUCUCACAUACUGUAUUUUGAAAACAUAAAGUCUGCACAACCUGCUUCACCAAAGCUGUGGAUUUUAUACAAGUUACAUUUAUAUUAUGUGAAGCCUGAUUAUCUUCCUAUAAGGUGAAUAAAAAAUAGGAGAGUAAAUUGGUGUAGAUUUAGUUAAAUUGGGAAACCAAAGUUGAUAACUAAUACCUAAUUACAUCUAUUCCUUUUCAGGAAUAGAGUUCCCAAGUUGCAGCAGACCUGUAGGAGGGAGGGAUGUAAACUCUGCCCUGCAGUUGUCCAAAUACCAUAUUUUAUAGAGAGCUAUCAUUGUCUGCAGAGCUAACGAUGCAACAUCCACCUUAUGCAUUAGCCACAAUUAGGAAAUGAAAACAUUUUUCUAACUCUGAAAGAAUAUUCAUUAAUAUCACAUAAGUUAUCUGGGUUCUGAUACAUUAAAACAGGACCUUGAUGAAAAUAGAUCAAACUUUUGGGAAAUAGACAAAUAAUGCCCCUUAUCUUUUUCUUUCUUUUUCAAAUCAGGACAUACAUCCCUUACAGGGAGAUAAAAGGCACAAAAUUAUAGUAAAUCAUUUGCAAUAGGCAAGAAAAUUAAGAACUAGUGAUAUUUCAGAUCAUUUAUUAGUGAACUCUUAUCCCUAAUUACUACCCAAAGUCAGCACUUACUGUUCUGAAUGAUGCUACUUUUCUUGAAAGAAUUAGAGAUUUUAUUAUCCAGUGACUAUAUAAAAAGGGUAUUAAGUAUAUUGCCACAUAAGAACUAGGUAAUAAAAAUGUACUUAAAAAAAAUUGGCAAUCUUAUUGCCACUAAAUAAAACAUUUGAAAAGAAAUAAUUGAUACUUGAUAUCUAUAAAUUUAAGGUCAUAGCUGGAAUUUUAAAAUAAGAAGUAAUUAAGUAAAAUUAUCCUUUUAAAAAGCUACAUUUUAUUUUGCUUUUAAAGCUGCUUAUUUUACUUCUAAAUAAUUUUUAAAAAUUACUAAAAGCUUUAGUGUGCAAAGAGAAUAGAAUGCCUUUGCAAAGUUCGGGUAAUUGAGUCUAGCUUCCUGCGAAUAAAGGUGGUUACAUACACUGCUGAAUUAUACAUCUAGAGUUACUGAAACGAAGAACUAGAGAAACUACAAUUUACUGGGUAAUUAUAAGAAAUUAAAAUUUUUGUUAUUAAAUAAUACUUUAAUUUUUAAACUAGAUUACCUUAAGAACUUUCCUACUUCUUAAAAUUAAAGACCAGGAAGAAAAACAGAUGAAUUUAUAAUUGUUAUAAUUCUGAAGUAAUGAUGAGGGUUGACAAUAAUUUGAGAUACACGUAACUGUAAUGUAAUAUAAAAAAUAAGGAGUCCUGGUGGCACAGUGAUUAAGCGCUCAGCCGCUAACUGAAAGGUUGGUGGUUCGAACCCACCAGCCACGCCAAGAGAAAGAUGUGGCAGUCUACUUCCAAUAAGACUACAGCCUUGGAAACCUAUGGAGCAGCUUUGCUCUGUCCUAGAGUCACUAUGAACUGGAAUCGACUUGACGGCAAUGGGUCUGGUUCGGAAUAAAAAAUAUCUAUAAUUUCUAUUGUUUACAAAGUCACAGGUGAUUAUAAAUACUGUGGUUGGUUGUCUACAUUUAUAAUUGAAAGAAAUACUAAAUUUCAUUAGAGGCUAGUGAAAAUAAAGAUAUAGUUUUUCCCCAUUUAGGUUCAUGCUCCCCCCUCCCCCGCCCCGGUUAAGAGAUCCAGGUUUAAUGAAGUUGAGACAGAAAAUAUCCAGUUCAUAGGAUGUUACUCAGAUUCCAAAGUUGAAUUUUUUUGGCUGUUUUUUUAACUGUAGAGCCAUCAAAUCGCCAUUUCAUUUUGUACAGUAUAUACGAAGGCUUUGUUUCUCAAAAUCUAAUUAAUAUAGAUGAAAUAGGAACCAUUAGAUAUUUUGAAAGCAUAAGAUGUAACUUUUUAAAUGAUCUUUUUUUUUUUUUUUUUUUUGGAAUUUUAAAUGCCGAGUUGCCUUGUCUGAAGUUCCAAGUAAUGCAAGCUAAGGAAGAAUAAUCAACAUCACUAGAGCCUCUGGUACUGAGAAAAAAAAAAAAAAAAGGAUGAAACUGUAUUGCAUCAAAACUGCUUUAGAGAAUUUAUCACUCAGCAAAAGUCCACUUAAAUUAUACAAGUAAUAUCAUCAGAACCCCUGGGCUUUUUCUUUAUCAGAGUAGUUGAAUGAAGGCAGUAACUAACAUUUCUUCCAAACAUAUCCAUUCAGUGUAGAUGAGUUCUAUGCUACUCCAGUAUGUUUUUCUAAGAAAACCUUAUCCUGGGCUCAUCAUGUUUUUGUUCAACAAACAGGUCAACCUUAGGCUAGUGGGUUAAUCCCUAGUCUGUGGCAUAUACAUGCCUACUUUCAUUCAAGAAACACCUUGUGCCUACAAUGUGCCAGGCACCGAGUACCACUAUAAAGCCUUUACCAGGCCUCCUGCAAACAAGUUCAUUACUAAAGAAUGAAACACAUCACAGUGAAGUCCCUAACAGAAGUUAACUUUUUUUUUUAACCAGACCUUAUUCUGACUACCCUUAAGUAUCACAAGAACCAUAUUUUUUUUAGAAAUUGAAGUAGAUAUACAAACAUUAGUUUCUAAAAUGUUUCUCCAGAGAAAGAACCUUAUAUAUAUUUAAGCUUGUGUGUAGAGAAAACACAUUUACACCUUAUUGUGCUAAAGUAUAAAAAACGGGGUCUUCUGAGAGAGGAUGUGGUAUAGAGAUAGAGCCCUAUAUGUAAUUAGAGAUCGAGCUCCAGUAUUUUACUAAAAGACUGACUCUCAAGUUCCAGUUUCCUCAGUUGCCCAAGUUUGUUUUGAAGCACAAAUGAGGUAUGCAAAGUAUACCUUUGUGAAUUAUAAAGGGCUAUAGUGUUUUUGUUUUUUUUUUAUAGUGUUGUCAUGAGUCAGUAUCGAGGGCAACGGGUUUGGUUUGGUGGUUUUGGUAUACAGAAGUAGUGCAUUUAUAACAUGUUCCCUAAAUACCUCCCUGUAUUAUUAGGUGAUGGUUUACUGAUUUAAAUUUUCUGAAUAUAAGUUCAUAGGGGCAUGGAUACCAUCAUGUCUUGUUCACUUUGUACCCUAGGACUUUGUAUGGUGGCAUGUAGUAGGCACAAAACUGUUUGCAAGGAAUGAAUAGCAACUCUGGCUUUAUGAAUUAUUACACUACAUGCAGGAAAAAAAAAUAUUUGAAGCCAUCUAUCAGAUUAAGUGUUAAGUUUUAAUUAUAUCUGACUAAUCUCAAAGGGUACCUCAUGUUCAGAAGAAAUAAUUAAAAAAAAAAAACUUAGAUAAAUAUCUUUACUUAAUGUGCUGGAAUAUUA